UUCUUCUUCUUCAAUCCCUGCAGCACAGCAAAAACCCUAAAAACCUUGAUCCUAUCGUACUCAUUUGCCUCUCCGACUCGAUUACUCGCCGAUCCGAUCCGCAUACGAUUCUCAUUUCCUUCUUCUCCGGCUUCGAAUUCCCGCUGUUGAAAGAGACGGAGGGAGUCAGAGUGGAACCGAGAUAGAAAACAGAAAGGAGAAGAUAGGAGAAGACUGAAAUGUAUAAGAACCAGCUGCAGGAGCUGGCGCAGAGGAGCUGCUUCAACCUUCCCUCGUAUACGUGCAUUCGGGAAGGUCCGGACCACGCUCCUCGCUUCAAGGCUACAGUCAACUUCAACGGCGAGAUCUUCGAGAGUCCUCACUACUGCUCUACUCUUCGGCAGGCCGAGCACUCCGCCGCUGAGGUGGCUCUCAACUCGCUCUCCAACCGUGGCCCCUCUCACUCGCUCGCCGCCAGGAUCCUGGAUGAGACAGGAGUUUACAAGAACCUCCUACAGGAAAUUGCACAAAGAGUUGGAGCUCCGUUGCCACAAUACACAACAUUUAGGUCAGGCCUUGGACAUCUACCUGUUUUUUCAGGAACAGUAGAAUUAGCUGGAAUAACAUUUACAGGGGACCCUGCCAAGAACAAAAAGCAAGCUGAAAAGAAUGCGGCUAUGGCAGCUUGGUCUUCUCUAAAACAAUUGGCUAAAGAAACUGCGAGCACUUCAUCUGAGCCAGAGAAUAAUGAUGAGCUUGAACAGGUUACAAUAGCCCGGGCCUUGUUAAAUUACCGACUAAAAGAAAAGAUUGCCAUGGCAAACUCUCCCAAUGCAGUUAUACCAUUCACAAAGAAAUUUCCUGUUCAAACCCAAAGACCAACAAGUCCGCAGCCUCCGCCUGCUACUACCUCUAGGAUCCUUCCUUUCAUUUGUGCAAAGUCAUCUCCUCGAAACAGAGUAGGCUCUAUGUCAGUGAAUGACAGAUCUAUGCCAGCUUCACAGGCAACUGCACUCGAAGUCCGUGGGACUCGUCCCCAGAAGUUCCCAGCAGCAGGAGCUGCUCCAUAUGUUCCCAUGCGACAGUAUAGGACGUCUUGUCAUGGCAUUGCACCACCAGUGACAAUAAGAACUGCAGUGCCUGUUUUCUCUGCACCUCCACUUGCUCCACCAUCCGUUCUUUCCUGUCAACCACCAGCAAAUGCCAAUCAACCUCAGCCUUCACUUUCUCUACUUUCUCCACAGCCAGCACCAGCAUCCACACAUCCGUCUCAACCCCCUUCGGCGGUUCUUCCCACCCAGCCACCUGCAUGUUCCCAGUCUCCAACAUCUAUGAUAUCCUCUCAGCCGCCAGCUUCAGUGAAUCUUCCUAAGCCUCCGACCUCUUUGCUUGCUCAACAGCCACCACCUUCUGCACUCCCCUCUCAGUUAAUGCGAACCUCGCCCAUAAGAAUUGCUCCGCCAGUCACCAUCAGGCAGGCAGUGCCAGUUUUUGCAGCUCCACCAGUUCAAAAGGAAUCUUUGGCUGUUCGUAAAGAAGACAACAUGGGUGUCAUUUUUCCUGCCAUGCCAAACAAGUCAACUGCUCAUGUAGAGGAAACCGGGGCCACCGCUGCUGCGAAGAGUUUGCAAGUAUCCCAGACAGUACAGAGCUUGAAACAACUCAAGAUCUGAUGAUCGUUACGGAGGAGGAGAGGAUGAGACCGACAAGUCUUGCUUCUGCGUUGGUCUUAAAAUUUGUUUUGUCAUCUUAUAUGAGUGUUUUUCUUUCUCAAAAAUCCUUGAUGCGUCAUUUUUCUGUCCACCCAUCUUCAUUUUUUGUUUAUUAGGUGCAACAGUUGCAGCAGGAUCAAGAUUAGAAGCAUCAACAGUCCCAUUUCAUUGCAAUUUAACAGCAGCUGUAUUAUAUAAUGUUGUAGAGAGAGAGAGAGAGAGAGAGAGAGAGAGGGAGAGGGAAAGAGAAAGAGGGCUUUGAAAAGUUAAACCCACCCCUCUCCCCUUUUGGCUUUUGGGCUGAGACAUAGUUUAAGGGCCCAUAAUACAGUUGAUGACUAAAGGGUAAAACCCCAACCUUCCAUUUUCUUGUACUCCCUGGGAUGUAGUUGAAAUUGCAUUGUGAUGAGAGUACCCCUGCAGAAAAUUUAUAUAUGGUUUUCUU